GUUCUCGGAGACUACGGAGGAAGCGGCACACUAUUCUCUCAUGUACGGGUAUGCCAAUAUUCUUUGCUUCUUCAUCUCACCUCUGCCUGGCCUCCUGGUCGAUACCAUCGCUGGCAAGUUCCAAAAAGGAAAAACCGGUUUACAGAAGCACAUCGCCUCCGUCCAAGCCACAAUAAUACCCAUGAUCUUGGUAACGCUAACAGUUACCGUCCAGCUGGGUAGCCUUAUGUUCCAGGGUUCAGCGGCUGUGUAUAUAGGCCUCAUGUGCUUAACUAUCAACAGACCUUCUUGCCUGGCUGUCGGCAACCCGCUAAUCAGGAUAAGAUUUCCAGUCGAGCACUUCAACCGCGUGAUCGGGUUCCAGGGCACGGCGGUCGCUCUCCUGACGCUCCUGCAGUACCCACACUUCACCUGGGCGCAGUACCAACCCACCAUUGCUCUCACCGUGACGCUGGCCGCCCUCUUCCUGAACCUGCUGCACCCUCUUCACCUGUGCAGCAAGACCUACCUGUCGCGGGUUUUGUCCUUCGACCAAUCUCAUUCUCAGGAAAAGCCAACCAAAGUCUGAAUGAUGUCCUGGUGCACUUGUUAUGUUUAAAGUCUUAGAGUAUAUAUUUAAUAUAGAGAACAAAUUAUAUUUUAU